AUGGAAAAACAAAAGGAACUCACGCUUUUUGGCGGAUGCGAAGGCUGGAACGCUUCAGAUUGGACAGCAAGCGACGACCGCGUUCGCGGCGGGGCUUCGCAAUCCUAUCUCAGCAUCAACGGCUCCUCCGCACGUUUCCACGGCACCCUCGACACAAAAGCGCUCGGUGGUGCGGGAUUCGCUAGUCAGCGCACCACGGGCGAGACCCGAGCCUGGGAUUUGUCUGCAUACGAUGGCAUUUUCCUGGAUAUCGGCGAGCUUGAUGGAAAAAAGUAUACGCUGACGCUCAAGGAUGAGCUUUUGCCGCCUUCGGCGGAUGGGCGCGAGCAGUCGUCGAUUAACUUUGAGUAUGAUUUUGAUUCAAAGAGUGGCAUGGGGGUGUUUGUGCCGUGGCAUGCGAUGAAGGCGACGUAUCGGGGGAGAGAGCAGAAUGAUACUAAGCCGUUGGAUACGGAGAGUGUGAAACGGUUCACCAUAAUGAUUAGGAGUUUCUUCGGCUCCCAAGAAGGCGAUUUUAAUCUUAUCAUCAACUCUAUCAAGGCUGUCACCCAGUCUAGCGAUGUUGAAAAGCAUCUUGUUGGUAGAGGCAUCCAGGAGCAAGAGCCAUGGUCCUGGAAGAACUCGAAUCUCGUUGGUCUCGCGGUCAUCCUGGGCUCCACCUGGGCCGCCUCUUGGGUCUAUUGCUGGUGGAAGGGUUAUGAUAUGAGUAUCAUGCGCUUCUCCAAAUGGUGGUCCGUCGUAAGGAAAUAG